AUGGUCGCCUCUAUCGGGUUCGUUGCCGCCCUCUUUGGUGCCUCAGCAGCAAUCGCCGCUGCAGGUGACGAAUACUUUGAGGGUGACGGGACGAGCUAUACGCUCGGUCAAGUCAGCAGUGGCAAUUGCAACUUCAUGUCAGCGCUUCCCACAGCUUCGACCAACUACGUGGCGCUGAACCAGGAGCAAUGGAACUCUCUUGGCAAUUGUGGACGGUGCAUCGAGGUCUCGUGUAUUGACGACCGAUGCACGGCAAAGAACAAGACGGCCAUUGUCCAGGUGCUCGACCGGUGUCCCGAGUGCAAACACGGUGCACUGGACUUGUCCCCGACCGUGUACAAAGAGAUCACGGGGUUGGACCCCCAUCGCCUCACCGUGCGAUGGCGCUUCGUCGACUGUCCGAACCCAGCCAGUGUGCAAGUGUGUCUCAAAGAGGGCAGCAAUGCCAAUUGGAUGGCCGUCCAGCCCACGAACGGCCUCGUUGGGGUGAAGAGCGUCACAGUCAAUGGUGGCGUUACGACUAUGCUCGAUGGUGCGUACUACUACGUCUCCACGACACCGAAUACCGACCUCUCGGCGGUCAAAGUCGCCAUCACUUCGGUCAAUGGCGACGUCAUCUCGGAUACCUACUCCCUCACCGCAGGCAAGUGUACGAGUACGAACCAACAGUUUGGCAGCGGCAACACGUUACAGACGACGUCUGCCCCAUCACCUCCGUCUCCGACGCCAUUAGAGACUGGAAGCACUGGGUCUAGUACCGACGGUACUGGGUCCGACUCUGAUGUUGGUCAAAGUGCACCACUUGACAAUGCACUACAGCACGACGGGAGCUCUCUCUCGGAUGAUGCAAAAGACACGUCGUCGGAUCCCCCAGCAGCUCCGACGGCAACGUCUAUAACUCCUGCUCCUACCGUGCCGGACAUUCCGGAGACCACGGAGACACCAUCUGAGGUUGUUGCUCCCGACGCUACCGAGGCGACGAAAGUUGGCGUCGAUGUCCCGCCCGAGUUGGUAACGGAGGUACCGACUCCACUCGGUGGGAAAGCCAAGUGUCAAGUGCGAAGUCGUCGUCGUCGCAAUUAA